AUGACCGCACGAUUAUAUCCUAACGAUUAUUUUGGUGGUCCUGAGAACUACACUAGAGAACAAGAUGUUAUCAAUGAGCGUUCGUGGCUUGUGGAAGAUAUAAUUAAACCUGAAUUACCAAAUAUUUUGGGGAACGUCGAGAAAUGCUUGGAGAUGCUAAAUAGUGAGCAGAUCUUUAAAAUGCCUAUAAGUAAUGGAGCAUCUGGUGAUGAUGGCAGUAAUCCUUCAAUAAAAGGCAUUGUGGUGAGGCAAGGCUCAUUUCUGCUAGAUUUCAAGGCAAUCAUUAUCUUUCCAGAAUUCCACAAUGGAAAGCAAAUCCUUCUGAGAAUGGAUACUGGGAAAAAAUUCCCGCUCGCACAAAUUCAGUCAAUAGAGCUUAAUCUUCAAGAGAUAUUGGAAAUAUUGGAGGAGCUACAGACUCUAAAAGAGCUUGAUAAUUUCAUCGAGAAAUUUGGAAUAGUUUUGAAGCUAUUAAUCGAAUCUAUAAACCUUAUAGAAAAUCCUCCGAGGACUCUUUGCUUUCCUGAUAGUAACAACUUUGCUAUGAGACAGAUGUUUAAAGAAUACCAAUCGAUCUGCGAAAGUCAUCACCAUGAAAUCAGUAUGGAUAUAAUACUAUUCAAAAGUGAACUAUGCGUGGACCUACGGAAUCUCAGCAUAGUCACAAAAAAACCGUGGUGUAAUAUCGAUGUGGAGACGGGCAAAUCUUUUAGCGAUACCAUUAAAGAUAAACUGACAGUAGAUAGAUCCAAGACUCUUGUGAAUACGUUGAAGGAAAAUGGAGUUCAUAUUGAAGAACCAAGCAUAAUAAAUAAUAUUAUUAUGUCCACAUUCAAUACAGAAGCCACAACUCUAGCACAAGCUCAAUACUAUAUGAAUAGGUGUGUCACAUUUAAUGGAAAGGCUGUUAUUGAAUGUGAAAAAUUGGAAAUAACUACCAGUGAUCCGUCACUUAUAAGCAUAACGACCAAGCUCAAUGCUUUAGAAAACAGUAUUAGCAACUAUUAUACAAACUUGAAAAUUUAG